GACGGCGCAUGGCCCCGGCGUCGCUCAGCAUGAACCCCGCUGGGCUCCAGACGUUCGGCGGGGGGCGCGCGGGGCCCGGCCCGCUGCCCUUCAGCGUCGAGUCGCUGCUGGAGGCGGAGCGCGGGCUGGACGCGGGGCCCACCGAGCCCCGGGAGGAGAGGCCACGGGGCACCGCGGAGCCCUGGGCCUGGUUCCCGCCGGCCGCCCGCUCGUCCUCCCCACGCGCUCCCAGCCCUCCGCCCUGCGCCCUCCGAAAGCACAGGACCAACCGCAAGCCGCGGACGCCCUUCACCACCGCGCAGCUGCUGGCGCUGGAGCGCAAGUUCCGCCAGAAGCAGUACCUGUCGGUGGCCGAGCGCGCCGAGUUCUCCAGCAGCCUGAGCCUCAGCGAGACGCAGGUCAAGAUCUGGUUCCAGAACCGCCGCGCCAAGGCCAAGCGGCUGCAGGAGGCCGAGCUGGAGAAGCUGAAGCUGGCGGCCAAGCCGCUGCUGCCCUCUUUCGCCCUGGGCGCGCCCCUGCCCGGCCCCCCGGCGGCGUACGCGGGCGCAGCGGGCUCCCCGCCGCAGGCGCCAGGACUCGUCGCCGCGCCCGUCGCUGCCUACCGCAUGUAUUACCUGUCCUAGGGCAACGAGGGGCUGCGACGUGGGUCCCAGCGCCAGCGCGCCGGCCGCGUCCGUCCGGGCGCGGAACUCGGCCCUGGGUGGCCUCCCGGAGCCUCCGGUGCCUUUGUGUCUCAUUUUUCCGUUUUUGUGUUUCCGCCGUCGUCGAUACACGUGAUGACCGAUGCCUCGAGCGCACUCGUGGGCACCUUACACACAUUUUAAAACGGGGGUUAAAAACCCCGUGCCUCCCACACUUCCGUGAAAAGCGGUGAAUGGUUUCGUGCAGCGCCCUCGGAGCUUCCCGUUUUGUGCAAACCGUGAGGCGUCGUGGGGUUUACUCCGUGGCGCGCUCCUGCGCCCCUAACCCGGGCAGCAGGGCGCUCAGAACUGGCUACGAGACUGAGGCCCGAACCGCGGGGGAGACAGUUUGGAGCCAGGGCCUUUAGGUGAAACUCACCAGCUGCGUCCCCGGAUGAGGUCUGGUGGCGUCCCGACCACAUGGAAACCCGCACGCCCACUUUAGGGACCCCCCACACUUACGGUUUUCGUAGGGCGUGCCCAGCAGCCUGCGGUGAACUACUGUCUGGGGGCGUGCGUGGGGUCCACGUGUGGGGGUGGGUGCGCGCGAGGGCGCUCGGCCGGGGUGGGGGAGCCCGCGGGGCGCGUCUGAGGAGGCGGGAUGAGAGGCACCCGCGCGGCCCAGCCUGCUGCUUUCCCACCAGCGGGGUUAACUCGGGAAUCGGGCGCCGAGUGAACUGGAAGAGGACGGUCCCCUGUUUGGACGGACUGCGCGGCGUCCCCAACACUCCGCUUCGCCUGGUGGUGGCACGAAAACCCACAGGGCCCGCUUUCUGCUCGCUGCGGCGGGAGAGGGGGGCGGGGGGCCCGCGGGGGCAGCCCCCCUCCCCCCCCAUCCGGCCGCCCAACCCGCCCUGCAGCCCGUGGGGCCCAGACCGCGGGCGGGGGCUCCCAGCCCUGCCCCCUGCGAAGGCUGCCCCGGAAACAGCGCAGGAACCUGCCCAAAGUCCCGUUACCUGAACCUGCCUGUCAGUAGCCAUCAUCCUCCCUAGGUUUCUGGGAAAACGAGAACUCACGAUGGAUUUAAAACAAAAAAAAAUUUUUUUUUACAUUUAUUUAUUUUUGAAAGACACAGAGACAGAGUGUGAGUGGGGGAGGGGCAGACACACACACACACACACACACACACACACACAGAAUCCGAAGCAGGCUCCAGGCUCCAAGCCGUCAGCACAGAGCCCGACGUGGGGCUUGAACCCACCAACCAUGAGAUCGUGACCUGGGCGGAACGAAGUGGGACGCCUGACCGACUGAGCCACCCAGGUGCCCCACAAUGGAUUUUAAAGGGACACCAACCCAGUUCCUGAAGUGCCAGCUGCUGAGGUGACCAGUGGCGACCAGACAGGGCCGGGAAGCCCCUUCCCCUUCCACCUUCCCCGUGUGCACCACUGCCCCUGCAGUGUGCUGUUUACACUCACAACCCAACUCCAGGCACCAUCCGCAAGGACACAGGUCUGUAAAUACACCGGAGAGGGUGGCUGGGGGCCAUGGCACACAGGGAGCUCACUGAGGGGCCGAGGGGCCAUGCCCCCCAGUCUGGACACUGCCUGCGGGCUAGCACUUUGAUCCGCUCAAAUCUGAAGUACCUGAAAGUCAGGGCCAAAUCGUACAGCCAGACAAGGCUCACUUAGCAAACAGUUUGAGGACCAUGGUGGUCAUUUGAGAUACUCCAAGGCAAAGCUGACCAAGACACCAACACAAGGAAAACCACCAUGAGGUGCCCACCGCCUGGCAUCUGUUCACCGUCCCUUGGUCUCCACCCCAACGGUGCUCUUGCCACAGAGCACAGCUCUGCACACACGGCUCCCAACACCACCCACACAGUCUGGCUGAGCAGCCCCAACCCAGUCAGGAAUGCUCAGUCAGCUUGCUAAGGUGUCUCUCCAUAACCAUUUCCGACCGAAGAUGCCUACCUGGGAGGUUCUCUGCCCAGGUCCCCUCACUGAGCUGGUCGACAGCCCUUUCAUCUGACCAGGGCUUGGCACACAGACCACCCAAAAGUGAGCAAAGCUCUGUGGCUCCCCCCUCCCCCCCCCCCACUGCCCCAGCCAGGUGCCCUUGUUCCUGGGCAAGGCUGAAGCCAGCUUGUGAAGACCAAGACUUUCUACUCUUCUGGAAAGGGGUACUGCCCCGGGGCAGACGUCUGUCCCUCCUCGAGACUUCUGCUGCCUGUCUGCAUUCCCAGGGAGGACUCGGGUCCCUGCAUGUCCUGGCCCGGCCCCCCAGCUGUGUGGACCUGAGGCCCUCCUCCAGCCAGUGUGUCCCCCAUAGGAGGUCUUGAGCUUGCCAGAGCAACUUGGAAGGGCUCAUCCAUCGGGAACACGCACAGAGGCCUGGGGCCUCUGCCACCCCAGUCUCAGGACCCACAUCCCCGAACUCCAGAGUCGUGCCCCACGCCUGUCUGUGCCCUCUCCGUGCUUCACACCCAGGUGCUGCUGGCGGACUCAGAGACAGCAGCCCUGCCUCUGGGAGGCCAACUGGACGAGGGGGACACACCCCUUUGAGGGUGCAGGGGACAAAGAGAGGGUCGAGCUGUGCAAUGGCAUGGACUGUGGGUGACCCCUGGUAGGGCCAAACCAGGGGGUGGGACCAUGGAGACCGCAGACGGUGACCCAGCCACCAAGCCUGGGUGUCUCAUCAGUGUCAUUAAACAAGUGACAUAACAAAUAGGCCUGGCGGUCUGGGUGACGAGAAGCCCUCUGAGCCCCGGGAGCCAACCCUGAGGCUCCGAAGUCAGGGUCCUGCUGGCGCAGUGACGAGGUUCCGGCCCAGGCGCUCUCAGAGCCCCUGCUGGGCACCUACAGUAGCUGCAGGCACCCCUGCAACAGCAGCGCCUGCUGGGGUCAGAGGGCGCUGCUCUGGCCCGGCCCCCAGGUCCUGUGUCCGUGGGCCCCCAGGGUGGAGCGGGUCAGAUCCCAAGGAUCACAAGGAAGCAGUCUGGAGGGCAGAGGUUCCUCGUAGGCUUCCGAAAAGGCAACACUGGGCACUUCUCAGGCUGGGUCAUGGGACUGGUGUCUACUGUCCCUUCCAGGACAUGCGAUCUCACAUGUGCUUUUGUCCUUAUGAGCUGUUUCCUAACAAGGAAAUGCUAUUUUCUGUCAAGUAAAACGAUGGACAUGUAAAUACUAACACAAUUUCUGCAUCGCCUGAAUUGCCCUGUGACCUGCUCCGUGGACCCAUCCCGGUGCUGGGCAGGCUCUCCUGGACUGGGGCACGGCCCCAGCACGGCCCCCAAGCUCCGAUCUGCGCGUGCUCCCCGGCUCCAGGAUAGUAUUUCCGAGGAUGUGGGCUGUGCUGGUUUUCUGAUGUGAUAACACACAAUGCUAGUCAGAUGGCCUAAAAGUUCUGGGACUUUCAUUUUGACUUUUACUGUUUAUUUAUUUAUUUUGAGAGGGAGAGCACAAGCUGGGGAGGGGCAGAGAGAGAGACUCCCGAGGAGGCUCCCCACUGUCAGGUAGAGCCUGACAUGGAGCUCGAUCUCAUGAACUGUGAGAUCAAAACCUGAGCUGAAAUCGAGUUGGACGCUCAACUGACCGAGCCACCCGGGUGCCCCUUCGUUUUGACUUUAAAAGAAGUGUCGUCUCCUUCACCAAAAUACAGGGUUUUUGCUAUUUCUGAUAUUCUCCAUUAUGUGCUGUAUUCCGUGGAUUAGGCCAUGCAGAAAAAUAAGCGUGUAGCAAUUCGCCUGACAUGACCAGCACUGCAGGACAGCAUGGGAAGCAAGGGGGAGGGAAGCGUGUCUGAGGUGCGUGUAUGAAAGCCACACCAAACAGCUACACUCUUCCUUGAAACACCGAAGGUGCUAUUUGUUCUGAAGGUUGUACUUUGAAAAUUUGUAGACUGCGGAAUGAUGCACUCACCCUGCCCUCGCUCAAGCCAUUUUUGCAACUCGGGAUGGUGCGUGCAGCUCCCAGAGGGAGGGCCCCACGACCCCAGGAGGCCACGGAGGCCACGGAGGCCAUGGGGCACGAGCCGUUCCUACUUUGUUGAAGCAAAUGUUUGGG